AUGAUAAAUCCUGAGGUGGCAUGGGGGUUGUUUGAGGAGGGAGCAACCCUGGUUGUUAUGAGCGUUCUCGAGGGCACAGAGCUCGGUAUAAACUACAAGAGCUGGCAGGUCGGGUCUUGCUUCCAGGGGGUGAAGAUGAUCCCACCAGGCCUCCACUUCCUCCACUACUGUUCCUCCAACGCACCAGACCAUGGGGGUGAAACAGGCCCUAAAAAAGGCCUCUGAAAGAGCGAGAUCUGUCUGGCCAACUGGGACCCCAAAGAGGAGGAUCUGGACAUCUCUGCCUCCCAGAAUGAAGAGGAGGUGGGCUGGGUCUGGGUGGGCCUACAAGACCUGGACCCUUUCCUGGGCCCCUAACAGUACGAGCUGAUUUACAAAUGUGUCUCCCUAACUGCCUGGGUGAACCAGGAGCUAGCCACAAGGUUGCAGCUUCUCCUGGGUUGUAUGUGUGCCGUCAACAACCUAAUUUAUGCCCUGGACAUUCUGUUGGAGAAACACCACCAGCAGCAACCACUCAAUGAGCUAGGUGAGCUGCAGUUUGCAUUUGUGUAUUUUCUCAUUGGGACCGUGUACGUACGAGGGCUUUGAGCAGGGGAAGCAUCUGCUGGCCCGGAUCUAUACCUGGGCCUCAUCGCUGUGCUCUACCAGCAGCUGGGAGAGAUACCGACAGACUUCUCUGUGGACAUUGUGUCUCAGGACAACUACCUCACCUCCACGUUACAGGACUUCUUCCAGUUUGCCAGUGGGCCUGGGGUGGACGGCACCCUGCAGAAGGGGGCAGAGAAGUUCAAGGCCCACCUGACCACUGAGGUAGAUCCUGAUGAUUGUGACCCUGUUGUAGUGUUACUGCCUGAGAGGAUCACACUGGACUGAGCAUGCUGUGAAGAACAUCCAGGGUCACAGACUCGGGAAUAGGCGAAGGUCAAGAGUCAUGCAUCCUCCGAAACUCAACCCUGCCAAGCCGCACUGCUUCUUGACACACUGCUCGCUUACCCCAAAAGCCAGUCACACCAAUGUGUGGGAAGAAACACCAUACCACUGGCGACCGAGGUCAGCUUGCAGGCGCCCGGCCCGCCACAAGGAGUCGCUAGAGCGCGAUGGGACAACGACAUCCCGGC